UUUACAUGUUCUCCGUUAUGCACUUUAUAUCCUCUGAAUCUCCGGCAUCUAAUCCAUUUCAUCUAAAAGCGGUAUGUUACAUGCCAGCAGGAUGUCAUGCUUGUCCGCUGCAGUGCGGGCUUGAGGGUACUCUACUGUGUUAGGCCAAAAAAAGUCGACAGUACACUCUACUAGGUGGUGGCGCUCUGAGCAUGAGCGGCUUGCGUAUCUAUUGGUACGCGGAGUGGAUGGUGACCCCAGUUGGCGAGGAUCUCGAAGCGAUCCCCGUCUCAAAGAUGCCAAUGCUUCAGUCUUUAAUAGGUGAAUCCGCCGACCGAAUAAGCAUAUGUUUGUGACCACCGUGACGGGUCUUCUUGGGACGCUGAUACCAGCGGAAGGCGAAAUUGAGAAGCGGCCCUGGGUACGGAUCUCGCUCGGGAUGCAAACAAGUAGUUCACAUCACGAGAAGGGUGCGGAUGAUAUAACAUGGUGGGGUGGCGUAAGGCCUCCGAUUCACGUUGUUGGGCGUCAAUGCAGCGAUCAAGGUUGCGAAUCUCCCUCUCGGGUGGAGAACAGGGAGUCGGAUAGGGUGUACAUUCAUGGACAUGGCACGCGGACUCGUCUCGCUUUGGGAUUGCCUGAUCACUCGAGAGGUUUUCGUUCGCCAGAACGUUUUGGAUCCUUUCGCUUGCGACGGCCAUUGCUUUCGGUGUGCGACGAUGUCUUGCUCGGGUUCCGCUUGGAGCACAGCGAGACCCCUGCACUCGGGCCUUCCCCUCGGGCCCUUACGCGUCGUCGCUGUCCUUCGACUUGGAGUACAUCCAUAUUGCAAGCUCAACAGCAAUCUUUGACUAAGCCCUCUUUCCUAAGCCCCAAAAUCGCCCCUCCUCUCCACCACCAACGACCACCAAUGCUGUGCGUCUCGCCGAAGUUCCCUGCUCUUCCGCUUCCUCGUUUCCUUUCUGUCAACUGUCCUCUCACGCCUGCACUUAUCGCUGCAGCCGGGGAACUUGCGCCAUGGCUGGUCUGCGUGGAAGCAAGCGCUCACGACAGCGUACAGGAGCGAGUCGCGGUGUUGGCGACCGUGGAUGUGGGACAGGUUUGAGGCGGCGCGGGUGUCGCGGGUGCAGUCGGGGUCCAUCGCAGACGGGUAUAGUAUGUGACGAUGGAGGAUCGUUUGGGUGUUGCUUCUGGCGUCGUGUCCCAGGGCUAUGAGGUGGGAGGGCGGAACCAAAGACUUUGAGAACAUAUGCGCUAUUGAGAUUCUCCAGCCCUGGCGCACGGCAGACGGCCAGACUACCGCCAGAGAGGUGCGCGCGCGAUGGAGGCUUC